AUGCCGACAUUCCUCCAUCCACGCGUGGUCGUGGCCGUGCUUUUUGUGGGCGCGACUCGUGAGCCUCGCGCCAAGACCUCGCACAGGGAGCUCGAAGCUGAUUGGUCACAGACUGGUCCCUGGCCACAGAGGCUCCAACGGCCAAUCAACGGCUCCGCCAAGCCAGCGUUUCUGACGACAUCCGCCAUCGCGUUUCACACCGUCGAGCAACACCACACCAGCACGGGCGAGCACUGGCAGCAGCACAGCGGCGGCAUGGGCACUGAGUGGCACUUGAUAGCCGCCCGAGGAGGUGUGUGGAACCAAUCACCCCUACACUAGACACUGGUGUUUGUGGUUGCAUCCCGCUGGGGAACUUCACCUAGCAGCCAAACGGACUGGAACAUCACCCAUGCCAAUGCUUGUACGCGCCUCCAGGUCAGAUUCCGGGGUUAUUUCUGGCUCUGAAAGCAACGGUGCUAUCCAGCUCCUUGAAACGCUAUGUUCCUGCUUCUCCAAGGCCCUGUCUGGCUGAUGUCUAAAACCUGAAGAUCGGUUGGCUUUGGAUCAUCCAUUGUUCAAUCUCUUCAGGGAUGUUGGAAUAAGUAUCAAAAAGCAUUGAUAGAGAUGUCAAAAUAUUCUAUUUUGCAACAGGAAUCCAGGCUUCCAGGGUUGCCCUGAUACCCUGGCAAUUUGGUCCAAUGCGUUGUUAUUAUAUAUUGGAGUCAUUGAAGCCUUCUGGCACCUUCACAGGCUGCUUUUUGAGUCAAUUGUUCUCAAUGUGUAUUGUCCACAUUGUUACUCAUCAUCAUGAUUGAUGAAUUUUCUGUCAGGUAUUGUUAAUUAUUUUUUUAACGGAAUUUUCACUCUUGCCUUGUACAGCAUUCUGUUUCCUUUAUAAUGAAGUAGAUAUUUCUCUCAC